AUGACUCCCCUUAACAUCACUUCCACUCAGGACUCUCUCGUUUCGCUGCCGCUGGCUGGUAUCGAGUCUCUGGCACCCACGAGCUCCACCUUUCUCGAAGGCACGCUCGCCACCAUCGCUCUAUGCCUGUUCGUCCACGCCGCGCCCAACAUCGUCGAACGAUUCUUUCCCCGCGCCAGACCCGGGAGAGGCGGUGGGCUGGACUGGGAGGCAGGUGACAAAUCGGGCGUUCCGGGUGAGGAAGGCUCGGACGAAGCCAGCGAGGAGACGAUCCGGGAGCUGCGGUGCGAGCUGCAGGACGCGCGCGCGCGGACGUCCAGGAUGCGCGCGGAGCGUCCGUCGCUCGUCUCCCGCUCCAGCACUGACACCGCCCCGCGGUCGAGCCAGGAACUCCGUCGUGGCACUCGGCUUUCCAUAACACUCUCCCUCUUCCCAGCCCAAGACGCGCCGCACAACCCCCCGCGGCCCGUGUCGCACACCAAGCCCAAGGCUCGCCCUCCCCGCCGCCCGCUCCUCUGCACCUCCCUCCUCGCGCCCCCCAGCACCCCAAAGCACGCCGCGCCCGUCGACUACGAGCCCGUCGGGUACUCCCCGUUCCUCCCCCAGGGGCUCCUGCCCGACGGUCCCGUCGAGCCCGUCGCCUCCUGCACGCUCUUCCCGUCGGAGUUCCGCGCGCACGUCGAGCGCGUGAGUGCGCUCGCGCGGUCCAGUGGGGACGUGCGCCGCGAGAAGCAGGAGGUCAUCGCGCAGGCGACGCGCGAGUUCCAGCGGUCUGCCAGUGCCCCGUAG